AAAAUCAUUGAGAGAAAGCCCUCCUGGGCGGCUAAACAUCUCUCUUUUGCUAAUAGAAUACAACUAAUCUCCUCGAUAAUUCAAGGCAUCACCAAUUUUUGGUGUUUUGUUUUCAUAUUGCCUAAAUUGGUUAUUAAAGAAGUGGAAAAGAUAUGUGGUGCUUUUCUUUGGAAUAAUGAAACUCACAGUGCUAGAAAGGCUAAGGUUCUAUUUGGGUUGCGUGGGACCAGGAAAACUUACUCAAGAGCAGAAGCUUUUGGUCAAUUAACAUUCCUUUUGAUGCUUUUUGGGGAUGAAGGAAAAUUUUAAAACUAAGGCCAUUAGCGAGAGGGCUAAUCUAACACAUACUAGGGAAUGGUCAGAACACUUAUCUCUGCCAUGAUAAUUGCCACCCCUCUGGCCCACUGUUAGAAGUUUAUGGCAACUCUAUUGUUCAUGAAGCAUGGAUACCUUCCCAAGCUCAACUAGCCAGUGUUAUAAGUGGUAGAUUUUGGAAUUGGCCUCCUGUUAGAUCUCCCCAAUUGGUGGAAAUCCAAAUACCUCUUUUUGAUAUUCAUCCUAGGGAAGGUGAAAAUGAUUCAGUUAUUUGGUUGAUCUCCCCUUUUGGAUCUUUCAAAACUAGUUAGACUUGGCAUUGGUUGAGAAAUAAGCAACCCAGGAAGGCAUACUUAAUAGAUUGACUACAAAAGCUAGACAAAAGCAAUGGACCCCUAUCGUCUUGGAUACUUGUAUCCCAUGCAAUAAUAACUCAAAAACUUUUAAGCACUUGUUCUUUAAGUGCAAUUAUGCUAACACAAUAUGCAGGCAAAUUAGUACUAUGAUCAAUAUUCCCUUUGUGGACUCUUGGCAAGACUUAUUACAUUGGAUGGGGAAAAGAGCCAAAAGAAAAUCUUUGCUUAGCAUUCUAAUCAAACUCUCAUGGAAUGCCACAAUCUACAACAUUUGGAUGGAAAGAAACAAAAGAGUUCAUCUAUAGCUCUUUAGAAGUGAGAGUAGAAUCCUUCAUGAGUUCAAUUUGAGGUUAGAGCUAGAAUGUUGGAGUUUGCCCACCCAAGGUCUUCAUCACUUCCUAUGGCUAUUGCAAUUCAAUGGGGACUUGAAACAGUUGUGACAGAUUAGUUUUUGGGUAAUAGUAGAAUGUGUAUUACUUAUUAGCGACAAGUUUGUACUACAAGACUGGAUCAAGCAACGGGGUGGCUAAAUUCUGCCCAAUUCAAAUGAUAUUGGGCCUAACCCUAAAUACUGUAAACGAUCCAUCUCGAAAAUAAAAGGGAGAUCAUCGUCAUUAUAUAAAGCAGGAGAGGGGCAUCUUUGUAGUUUCAGGAUCUCGGAACUGUGUCUGGGCAAGAGAAGAAGAGAAUCGAUUCGUGGUUUUGCAUCCUGGUUCUUUUGUUUCGAUUGCAACUGUUAAACCCAUUUUCUUCUAUUUUUCGAACUUAAUUGCAGAGGAUAAAUGACGCUUACAAACUUCGAUGGUGUUGGUGUCGGUUUUGGUUUUGGUAUUGGCUGUGGAUUCGGAGUAGGAUGGGGUUUCGGAGGUAUGAUUAUGCUUCCCAGAAGAUUUCCCUUGAUUGCUGAGAUUGUUAUUGGUUGCCUUUUGAACUUGGACAUAAGACUCUGUUGUCCAAGACUCUAAGUCUUGUGUAGAAAUCUUGUGUUCUUGCAGUAAGUCACUUCAUUUUAAAGGUUUCCGACUCGAAAUGAUUCUGCAAGGAUUAAAGCAUUUUCAUGGAGAAAACAUGGUCUUCAUGAUGAGUCAAUUUGGGUUGUUUUGUGUCUAUUGUCUUUUGCUUCCUUGACAAAUUUUUGGAUUGUAGAAAACCAUCUUCAUCCUGAUUUUCUGUUACUGUCGAUCAGUUUGUUUUGGAAAGAGAUUGGAUGUAGAUUGUUAGAAAGUGAUGAUAAUUGAGGUUUGUCUGUUCAUUUAGGAAGUUGGUAAUGCAGUUUGCCUAAACAUCUUAGGUAAUGUUGCCUUUUAUUUGGAAGAACUUCUCACGAUCUAGUUUGUGUCUAAAGUUGUUGUGUUUGGUAUGGUAUACAGUAAGAACUUCUCAUGACUCAAUUAUUGUUUCCUUAAAAAAUUGAAGGAAACUCGUAACUUCCUCAGAAAGCAGAAGUGGAAAAACCCAAAUUGAAGCCACCUUAUUUUGUCUGUUUCAUAUAAUUUAUUUACCCUCAGUCAGCAUUCUUGACAGUGUUAAAUUUGUGCAAUUGAAGGUUUAGAAAAUUAGCAUCUUGUUCAGGAAGGGUUCUUCUUCAUGGCAACGUAACUAGUUUUUGUCAAAGAGAUACUUAAUAAAUUUAAGAUGCAUUCUGGUUUUGUUUUCAACUAACUUGUAGACAAUUGUCACAACUUUUCAAGUUUGACAUUACAUACGCUUCUGCUCCCAUGAUGCAGUAGACCUCUGUUGUUAGAAAACAAUAGAUUGCAACUAAUGAACAUUUUAACAUUUG